AUGCCUCUCUUUGAAGCUCAACCCAUUGCUAGCAGAUUAUUCAGACCGGGUCCGCCUUUGCGUUAUAAAAGGCCCGUCGACUAUGCACCAGAAGAGCGAAAAACACACUCGAGCAUAACCGGACUGUCACCAUUUCUGAGUGUUUUAAAAGACUAUGUGUCUUCUUUUCCAGAGGGAUCGCGGCAAAAGCAUUUAGAAACUUACGAACUGGCCAGACACGAGAAAGAAAGGGAAUUGAAGGAGUUACAAGAGAAGGAAUCAGUUUGGCGUCCAGAAGAAGAUGUCAAUGUUAAAGACAGAGAUCCGUUCAAAACCAUUUUUGUCGGACGACUGCCGUUUAGGAUAUCCGAGAUGGAACUGCAGAAGGAAUUUGUCAAAUUCGGCGAAAUCGAUCAAGUUCGCGUUGUGAGGAGUAAAAUAACCACCACAAGCCGAGGCUAUGGAUUCGUUACAUAUGUAGAAGAAUCUGCCGCCAGAAAAGCCGUCCGAGAAAUUGGGGUUCACCGUGGGAUUAACAUCGAUGAUAGACCCGUUAUCGUCGACAUCGAGCGCGGAAGGACCGUCAAAUACUUCAAGCCACGACGUCUCGGAGGCGGCCUUGGGGGAAGAGGCUAUAUGAAGCGAAGCAAAAUGUCAAGAUUCGUCCCUGACGAAUCGAGGCCCAAACGGCCCUCGCCUGCACAUAACGUUCCAAAAAGUUCAGCGUUUCCUGCUGCUACCACGGCUGCUACAAAGGAUGUCAAUGUUGCCGCGCCACCCUUCCCAAUGUCAACCAGAAGUAGAUAUUCCGGCCACCAAACUCUACAGAGAUCUACAAAUGUACCGUCAGAAACACCUCAUACCAGGAGAACGUCAUCCAUGGCAGGCCCAACGGCACGGAGGACCCAAUACAGGUCACGCUACAGCAGAGCCAAAGCCAGUGAUCAAUUAUCGGAAGCUCAGGACAAGCCAGACUACUAA